AUGCGCAACAAAGGCGGACAAGCGGGCAGCGAAUGGGAACAACUGGGAACAAUAGCGUUCCGAUGGCCGCAGGUGACCAAGGUGCGCGUGACGGCGCUCGUCGGCAACACGUACCACGCGCGUGUGCACUACAGUCGGGCCAGCGAGAACGGCGCGGCCGGGAAUGAGGUGGACGUGGACGCCCGGCCGUCGGACGCCAUCAACCUGGCGGUGCGCUUCGACGCGCCGGUGUUCGUGAACAAGGGCGUGGCGCAGCGGAUGGCGCACUCGGUGCGCGGCCACGAGGCGCCCGAGCUGGAGGUUAUCCGCAGCUGCCGGGAGGAGAUGCUGCACAUCGAGGACCCCACUGUGAUGGUGAAGCUGCAGCUGCAGAUGGCUGUCGCGGAGGAGAGAUAUGAGGACGCGACCAGGCUUCGGGACCAAAUUGAACAGAUGCUGUCCACAGACAGGGCCUUGGCACUGGUGGUUGCACUGGAGAGUGCCCUCGAAGGUCAUCGCUAUGAGGAGGCUGUUGCCCUUCGUGACAAGCUCAUAGAACUCCGAGAGAACUCAGCUCAAACGUCAAAGAGCAUGGGCACGCCUGGGAUGAUCCUGUGGGCGCUUGCCGCCCUGGCCGCCCUGAGUUUGGCGGGGGCGGGCAGCAACGAGCGUUGCGUGAGCGAUGGCCCGCGCAGGGACUGCGGAUGGAUGGGGAUCAACGACUUAGCGUGCGAGGCGCGCGGCUGCUGCUGGGCUCCGGUCUUCGACUCCAACGCGCCCAACAGGCCCUGGUGCUUCUACAAGAGCGCCGCGGUGUCGGAGUACGAGAUGGCGUCCGUGCGGGAGACGGGCGUCGGCUUUGUUGGCGAACUGCACCAGACCACCUCGGGCCUCCCAUAUUUGGGACCAGACAUCAAGCAACUCAAACUUUCGGUAGACUAUGAGACGAGCAGCAGGUUGCACGUUAAGAUAUCCGAUUUGGAGGACAAACGCUGGGCGGUGCCCGAGUCGCUAAUGCCCAGGCCAGCGGCUUCCAGAGCCGCCACCAACCCAUUGUACACCUUCAGCUUCGAGCAAAGGCCUUUUGGGUUCGCAGUGGCUCGCAACGAGGACGGUAACGUUCUUUUCGACACCAACGGCCAUAGCCUCUUCUUCAAGAACCAAUACCUUGAGCUCACUUCGCCUGUCCCAGAGUCGUCAGCCCUUUAUGGCAUUGGCGAGAGGACCCGAAGCGAUGGCAUCCGGCUGCAGCGCAACGGAGUGCCCACCACGAUGUGGAACAAGGACACGGCGGCGGCUGAUGCAGACACAAAUUUGUACGGCUCACACCCAUUCUUGAUGGCAAUUGAGGAAGGGGGCAACGCACACGGAAUCUUCCUGCUGAACAGCAACGGCAUGGACGUGGUUUUGACGGAGUCCACUAUUUCCUACAGGUGGGGAUAUAGCAACGUGGAGGAGGUGGAGACGGUGGUCAAGCAGUACGAGAAGGCCGACAUUCCUUUGGAGGCCAUGUGGACGGACAUCGACUACAUGGACGGUUUCAGGGACUUCACGCUGGACCCCAACAACUUCGGCAUGUCACAAAUGCGCACCCUUGUCAAGAAGCUGCACGCUAACGGCCAGCGGUGGGUGCCCAUCAUCGACCCCGGCAUCAAAGUGGAUCCUGGGUACCCGGCAUAUGACGACGGCAUCCGUGAGGACAUCUUUUUGAAGGACGUGAAGGGGGUGCGGUACAUUGGGAAGGUGAGGACGGGAAGGACGCGACGCGCUUGGGUGCUUCUCGUGCUGGCGUGUACACCCGACCUUGGAAGAAAGGGAUUCCGAGGGGACAUAGCCUGCUCCCAGAACAUCAGCCUGAACUUGCAUCUGGAGUUGCCGCCGUAUUCCAUCAACAACGCCAACCGCGCAGCUCCCCUCAGCGAGAAGACCAUCCCCGUCAGCCUCGUCCACCACGACGGCACUCCUGAGUACGACGCGCACAACCUGUAUGGAUUUUCGGAGGCGGUGUUGACGCAUAGGGCGCUGGCGGACAUCCUGACCGAGCGGCCGUUUGUGCUGACACGGUCUAGUUUUGCGGGCUCUGGAAAGUACGCAGCUCACUGGAGCGGCGACAAUUCGGCAACCUGGGAUGACUUGCGAUGGUCCAUCGGGUCCGUCCUCAACUCGAAUUUGUUUGGCAUGCCGCUGGUGGGCGCAGACAUUUGCGGAUUCAAUGGGCAGACGACUGAGGAGCUGUGCGCGAGGUGGAUAUCCCUAGGAGCGUUCUACCCCUUCAGCCGCGCCCACUCCAACCGAUAUCCCCAGGAGCUGUACCUCUGGGAUGGCGUGGCGGCCGCCGCCCGCAAGGCGCUCAAGAUGCGCGUGCGCCUCAUCCCCUACCUCUACACGGCCUUCAAGAAGGCGGCCUCUGAGGGGGGCACUGUGGCCUCGCCGCUGUGGUACGAGUUCCCGCAGGACGCCAACACGCACAACAACAGCAGGCAGUUCCUGCUGGGCAGCGGCCUGCUGGUCAGCCCCGUGCUGGAGGAGGGCGCGGACCACGUGGAGGCCUACAUACCGGAGGGGACGUGGUACAACAUAUGGGACUAUUCGGUGGUCCAAGGGCCUCAGGCGCUGCUCCUGCCUUGUCCUCUGGGAGAAAUUCAGGUCCACUUGCGGGCCGGCACCGUCAUCCCCAUGCAGCGGGCCGCCAGGACGACCAAGGAGGCGGCCGCCGGGCCCCUCGACCUCGUCGUUGCCCUGCCGCCACCAGGAGCAGGCCGCGCGCCUGGCCUGCGCCAUGGGGACCAACAUGCGGAAGGGACAGUGUACAUGGACGAGGGCGCGGCGGCUGUUGACGGUCCCGACAGCCUCACAGUGCGCUUCUCGGCCAGGGUUUCCGGGCAGCGAGGCCAUCUCAUCACCGCAGCGGCCUUAAGGGACGGGGCGAGCACCAAGAGUGUUCCCAGCCUGGGCACAGUCACCGUGCUGGGUGCGGAGUGCGGAUAUCCGGAACAUCCAGGAAAGCAGGCGGGAGGCUCCUUGCUGACUGGAAUGCGUGCCAGAAUGAGGGCAAAGGUGAACGAUGUGGAACACCCCUCCAAUUCUGUCCGGUACGACGCCGAGAGGAGGGUGCUGGAGCUGGCCGCAGUGAACGGGGACCUGACUCGCGGGGCGGUGAUAAAGUGGGGCUGCGAGUAUGACUUCCCUGCUGUGUGA